AUGCCCGGCUUCGACUUCUCCAACUACAACCGCAAUGCGGCGCUACACGCCCGCGGCGUCCCUCUGCCCAAGGCCACCAGCACAGGAACAACCAUUGUGGGAUGCAUUUUCGACGGUGGUGUAGUGAUCGCAGCCGAUACCCGCGCCACCUCCGGUCCCAUCGUCGCCGACAAGAACUGCGAAAAGCUCCACUUCAUCUCCCCCAACAUCUGGUGCGCCGGUGCCGGCACCGCCGCCGACACGGAAUUCACCACGGCCCUGAUCUCCUCGCAGCUCGAGCUGCACUCGCUGUCCACAGGCCGCAAGCCGCGCGUCGUAACCUGCAUGACGCUUCUCAAGCAGCACCUCUUCCGCUACCAGGGGCACAUCGGCGCCUACCUGGUGGUCGCGGGCGUCGACCCCACCGGCACCCAUCUGUUUACUGUCCACGCCCACGGCUCCACCGACAAGCUGCCCUACGUGACCAUGGGCUCCGGUUCGCUGGCGGCCAUGUCCGUCUUCGAGACGCAGUGGAAGCCGCAGCUGACUAAGGAGGAGGCCAUGAAGCUGUGCAGCCAGGCCAUCGAGGCCGGUAUCUGGAACGAUUUGGGUUCGGGCAGUAAUGUCGAUUUGGCGGUUAUUACGGCGGAGAAGACCACGUUGCACAGAGGCUUCGUCAAGCCGAACGAGAGGACCCAGAAGCUCAAGAGCUACGUGUUUAGGAGGGGCACGACGGCGGUGCUUAAUGAGAAGGUCAUUAAGAAGGAGGAGAUUGGGAAUUAUGUCAGUGUGGAGGAGCUGGCGGAGGAGGUGCCGAGUGGUGACAAGAUGGAGGUUGAUACAUAG